AUGAAAAGGGGAGAAAGAAAGAAAGUUAAAAAGAGGGAGCUCGGUCAAGAGCUGACGGAUUUCCAGCUGCCCGAUCUGAGUCAGGUCGGUGAACAUGCUAAUCCCGUAGAGCUUGGCAGGUUACUACAGCUUGUGCUCGGAUGUGCAGUCAACUGUGACCAUAAAGAAGAAUACAUCAGCACUAUCAUGGGCUUAGAGGAAUCAGUCCAACAUGUAGUCAUGGGAGCCAUUCAAGAGCUAAUGACCAAAGAGAUUCCUUCUACCUCGCCACCCCCUCAAGAAGCCUUGUCGGAGGUCGAAGGUCAACUCAAACGGACGAUGGAGGAAAAGGACGAGGCUUUGCAGAGGUGUCAUGACUUAGACCAUCAGGUUGCAGCCUUACUGGAAGAGAAGAAUGCUCUCCAACUUGAAAAUGAACAUCUCACACUCAAGCUAGAUCAAGGAGAUACAUAUGGAGAUCCAAGCACCCCAGCAGGACGGAGGUACCAGCAUCUCCAGGUGACCGUCGAACAGCUCCAGGAGGAGAUGUUUCGAAUGGAGAGCACCAGGGACGACUACAGGAUCAAAGUGGACAUGCUCGAGAGAGAAAACAUGGAGCUAGUCCACAAGAACGAUGAGCUCCAGAACCUAGCGGAGGAAGCGCGUUCCUUGAAAGACGAGAUGGAUAUUCUCAGGCAUACCUCGGACAAGGUCAGCAAAUAUGAAGCAACCAUCGACACACUCAAGAAGAAGCUGGAGGAUCUAGGUGAUCUGAAGAGGCAAGUCAAGAUUCUGGAAGACAAGAAUACCAUGUACAUGCAGAACACCAUGGAACUGGAAGAGGAGCUGAAGAAAGCAAACGCACUCAAGAGCCAAUUAGAGACCUACAAGAGACAGGUCCACGAGCUCCAUUCCAAGAUGUCUGAAGAAACAAGACGAGCGGACAAGGCAGAGUUUGAAUCCACAAGAGCACAGGAGAAAACAACUCAACUACAAGCAGAGGCAGGGAGGUUGAGGCUAGAAAGAGAUUCUCUGAAGGAAACCAAUGAAGAACUGACCUUGAACCAGCUACAAGGAAGUGCCUUCGGUGAUGGUGAAGUCAUCAACAGCCCUGAGAUUGGGUCACCAGGCCUUACUGCUAUGUUACCGCCUGAAGUCAGAGAGAAGAUGAUUCGGUUACAGCACGAGAAUAAGAUGCUGAAGAUGAAGCAAGGUGAGACCGCUGAUGAGCAGACGCAGCUAUUACAGAGUCUCUUGGAAGACUCCAAUGCAAGGAAGAGUGACUUGGAAUCUGAGAACAGAAUCUGCAAUCAGCGAAUCCUAGCACUAGAUGCAGAGAUGGAAGAACUGAAACAACAGCAACAGAGAGAAGGAGUAUCGUCGAACGUCGUAGGCGAGUCUUCCCCGGGAAAGUAUCCACCACCACCACCACCAUCAUCAUCAUCGAUUGCAGACAUAUCAAAUGAGAACCAAGAACUUCGGAAGAAACUGCAGGAACACAAAGAGAAACUCAGGGAAAGCGAGACAGAAUUAACAAGAAAGAAGGCACAUAUCGAUGACUUGGAGCCUAAAUUUACAACCACCAAUGAACAAGUGCACAAGCUGAAAGACGUCUUACAGAAGAAAGAAGAUGAGAUGCGAUCGAUGGAGGAGAGGUAUCGGAAGUACCUGGAGAAGGCUAAAUCCGUGAUCAGAACCCUAGACCCUAAGCACAGCACCGGUGCUUCAACCUCGGAGAUUCAACUGCUCCGGAGCCAACUUCAGGAAAAACAAAAGCUCAUUGAGCAUCUAGAGCAUGAGCGGGACAAGUCAAAGGUCACAAGAGACACUGAAGAAAAAUUAGUUGUUUCAGCUUGGUAUAAUCUGGGAAUGCAACUCCACCGCAAGGCUGCCGAGGACAGGCUGUCCCAUACCAGCGGGGGCCAGUCGUUCCUCGCCCGGCAGAGGCAAGCAUCCAGCCGCAGAUCUCAGGCCAUCAUGAACAGCAGUGCCAACUCGGCGAGAUAACCAGGGCCCAACUCCUGCCUUAGGCAAAUUAGAGACUUCUUUUUUUUCAUACAGAACCUCAGCAUAUGUAGAGUGCAUUCAUGUCCCACUGUUGAAGAAUUUGAUUUACAAGCCCUCGCGUAAUGUACACUCGGCUGUAGUAUUCUUGCAAUCCAUCAAUAUUGCAUAAUUUAUGUUCUUUUGUGAAGCAUACUGUCACUUUACAGUGUACACACAAUGGUUGUGCAAGAUAUUGUUGCCUUUUAGUUAUGGACAGUGACCUCUAUUCUCAGAGGUUUGGAAUCUGUGUUUCAAAAGCAUGGUUUCAUAAGAUUUGUGCACCAAAACCAUGGUUUUCAACCAUGGAUUCAAAACCACCUUUGUGAAUUUUGGUCCUUUUUUUACAUGCAUUAUAUUGCACAUCAUGCUUUCCUGUUCAAUAUAUAUUUUUUUUCAAAAUGUGAAAAAAUAUUGAGACAGUUUUCCAGAUUAUAUCUUUAACUCAUCUACAGCAAAUGAUUGGAACUGAGUUUGGAAAGAGGGUAGAUUAUUCACUAAUUACCCCGUUAAAAGAUCUCUUUUGAUGCCAUUUCUAGUUGUACUUUCUUUUUUAAUGUGGUGCUCUUUUUACCUUAAAUGUUUUUGCCUGUGCUUUAUAGGUCUCUUCAGCUUAAAAAAAAAAGAAGAAAUUUUCAAACAAGGACAGUGUAGACUAUAUUUUUCAAAAGUGAUUUUUAACUCCUUUCUUUUUAAGAAGACUCACCUGUAAUUAUACCUUACAGCAGGCCUGUCAACUACCCCUUUUUGGAAAUUUUUAAUAUACAUUAUAUCAUAUAGGGAAAGAAAACUCCUUUUUUGUCCAGAUAUUAUGUACAGUCAUCUAUUGGAGAUAUUCUGUGACUCCUAUUUUUUAAAUGAAUCACUCCUAUUUUGUAAGUUUACAGGUUGGUAGGCCUGUUACAAGACAUAAAUGUGCUAUGUGUUAGAUACUCUUUUGUGGUAUUGUUUUUUUUUUAAUUGAAAGAAGUUAUAAAAUGUAGGGUAUUUUCGAAGUUGUAUUCACCUUUUUUUUUUUUUGGGGGGGGGGGGCAUUUUGACACCUAUGGUGAUCAACUGAAUCCUGAUAGGUUGGCCGACUAAUAAAUAAUCCCACAACGAAUACUUGAGAGAAGCAGUUCAUUUGAGACACUCUGGAUAAUUGAGAUUAUCAUUGUGGCUUAAACAGGCAUUGUAUUGUUCUAUAUUGAUUUGGCUUUAAAGAUCGGAGCUUUACGAUCCCAAAGUGUUGCACGUCUCUUCGAUAUGUUUAAAAAAUGAAGCUCCUCGAUUUAAUCGCACCAAAAAAUUGUUGCCUCAAGAAAAAAAUGAAAAUACGAUAGGAUGGAUUUCUUGCCAGGAGAUUAAUGUCAGGAAGGAAAAGGGUUCUAGUAAUUGUUUGAUUUCUUUGCUCAAAAUGAAAAUGAUAGGGUGGGUUUCCGAUGUCCGGUCACUUUGAGCAGAUAGAACAUCAUCUUUUCCUCUGGAUUUUUUCAAAAACCAUGUAUUUAAGUAGCAAAAAAUAAUUUUGCGCUCUGCACUAUUGUCUGAUAUAUAAUUAAUCGCUAGUGCCCUUUGGUAAGGCAUUAAUCCUCAAUACCAGGUCCUUCGGAGAGGACCUUAAGCCGUCGGUCCUCUGGUUGCUUGCUUACAAGCAUUCAUGCUUUCUUAGCAAUCAGGUAAAAAAUCACCACCAAUACCAAUACCAAUCAUCUCACAAAGAGUUGCAAUUGAUCCAAUCAAUCACAACUAUGGACAGCCAACAACGUCAACAUUUAAAAUGCGAAUUUUUUUCAAAAUAAUUCCUAGAUAUGAUGUAUAUUCAUACAUUCAUUGUUCUCUGGAAGACUCGAUGUAAUUCUCUUUGUUUACUUAGGAGAUUCCGCAAAUGUAGAAAAAAAAUGUGGUAUGGAUGGAUUUCCAUACAGUUGAGAUUGAUUGGAUCAGUUGUAACAAUUUGUAAGACGGGGCCCAGACAGACAUCGUUCACUUUGCAGUACAUUGGUUGGUGUGACUGCAACCUCAGGAUUCUCUUCUCGACGAUCACAGUUUUUUUGUGUUUUUUUACAGCAUUAUAGUAUAAACCUACUCUCAAUGCAUUUAAAAGUGCAUUUAAUGUCCCACCUAUCUUCUGUAGUAUUCCCAUCCAUGCUGGGAUCUAUAUAGAUGUAUGUAUUAGGAUUCAUUGAUGAAAAUGUUCAGGAAGGAUGAAUUAAAUGCGUAGAAUAGUAUGUUGUAUCGUAAUUCUGAGCUUACAUAUUUUGUGCUCCUUAAAAGUGCCUAUGUGCCAGAACUCUGAAAUGGACAAAUUGAGUAGUUUAUUUUCAUACUAAGUUGCCUACGAUGUGAACAAAAAGGUAUCGGUGAUUUGUACAAAAUAUACUAGAUGAGAGUGGGAUGGAUAAAGAUGUAUUGCAGCUUCAAAUACCACCAUUGCAGCAGAAAUGCGACGUAGAUGUAUUUUAAUAUGAUGCAAGGGAUGUGAUAUUUUACAUUAUCAAGUUUUAUUAUGAUAUUGUGCAGAAGCACUUAUUUUAUUGUAUUAUACACAAUUUGGUGUUCAUAAGUUAUGAGACUGUUAAUGAGAUAUGCUGCAUGGAAAUUUGUUAUUUUCUUCAGGAUCUACACCCAACAAGUAUGUAUUGUAGGGGAGUAGUUACCAGAUACUUAGUCACAAGCAUAUGUUGUUUUUGUGGUUAAUGACAGUUGAUUUAAUGGCAAUGAAAAUUAUCAAUAGUGAACAGAGAGUGGUAAAAUUAACAAUUUUGGUCCAGUGCUAGCAUUUAGGUUAAAGUAAAUCAACUUCAAAUAAUAGCCGCUCGUAAGAUAUGAUAUCGCUAUGAUUGGGGUAAUAUCAAUGCCACAAGUCCUAGAAAAAAGUAUGAGGACCAGUAUUAAUGUGAUCUAUUAUCAUUAUUAUUAUUCAUCAGCAUGACCUUAAACUGUAAUGGGUCGCUGACUAAUUUAUCUGAAUUUCUCUAAAAUUUACAUCAAAAUACCAUUCCUCAGAUAUUAGAAAACACCUUUUUUCAGUUGAUUAUUGAUUCGAUUUUGGAGCAAUAUCGCAUCAAGUGUGGUAUCCACACAAAAAUCAGCGUUUUUCUUAGGUAGUGCAUUUAGCAGAAUUUUCAGUGUGAUUCAAAUGCUAUUUAUACGCUAUAAUGCGAUUGCUAGUAGCCUGUACAUAUUAUAUUGUAGUUAAGCACGAAUAGAAGUAUCUACUAAUUUUUGAAAUCUUAAUUUUUUUAUAGAUAUUUAUGCGUAAUUUAUAGAAUCUUUACAGAUGAAAAUUUUAAAUCUUUACAGAGUAGACCUCUUUUAAUUAACUUUUAAAGAGAAUAUGCCUUUCUUGUGAAAUAAAUCACUGGUCAUUUGUAAUGUACAAAGAAUUCAAUGUGUAUAUCGCCUGAGAGAUAUCUCAUUUUCCAUGGAUUUUUUUUAAACACAAGAAGUACAUGGCCAGUGAUUUAAUUCUCAAGGUGGCUAAAAGGGCGUACAUAUAUAGAGAGAGAGAAAAAAAGAAGAAUUCAUAUGGUGCUUGUAGAAACGUGUUGUAAAUAAGUGUACCACUGAAGUUAUUACUACCCUACUUUUAUGAAAAAAAUAUGUUUUAUCUUUUAAUAUGUUUUGAUUUUUCUUGGAAGUGUUAUGACUGAUUUAAAACUCUCAAUAAGUUUUGUUGAAAUUCAGUGCACGAAAUGGCUAUUUUUUUUCUACAAAAGACAUAAGCAUCACAGCUUUUGAAUUCAAUACCAUGCGUACAAGAAACUGGCCAUCGAGUAUGUGAAACAUCUUUGUUAUGUGAAGUUGAUGCCAUUUUUAUGCAUUGUAACAAACUGGGGAGGUUUUCACAAAACGGUCAAUGAUUUUCACUGGCUUUUAUUACAAGCUUUGCAAAUCCUUGCUUCGGAUUGGCCGAGAGCAACUUAUUGAAAAUCACAGACCAAACAUUGGUGAAAGGCUCCUGCGGUGUUUUAGCUUCAAUUUCUAUGCCUUUUAUAAACAAAUACAUCAGUUGGAAUGUCUCCUUCACUGGUCCUGUUCAUUUGUAAACCAUGGUUUUCUUUUCAAUAAAAUAAUAUAUCUGAAAAUUUUAUUUUCUUUAACUGAAGGCCAAAAGAAGAGUGUUUAUUAGGUUUAAAAGACAUUUACAAGCAAGAAAAUAACAUUGAUGUUGAAAAUUUCAGCUGUUUUCACAGUAUUAUAGCCAAGAUGCUCAUGUACAUGGUUGGUGGAUGAGGGCUGGUUCGCAUAAUAUGUAUGGUAGCUUAUAAUGAUCAUUAUUUGAAUAGAAAGCAGACACUAAUCAAAGUUUCACGGCAAAUUGAUAAUUCUUCUACCUUUUGCCAAUUAAUUUUUCCAGUCAUUUAUCCUUCCAGUGUGUAUCGCAUUCUUUCAUUAUUCAGAUCGUAAUUCAAAUAUUUAUUUUCCUGUAUUGCUUUGAAAGGCCACCGUCACACCGGUCCAUUCGAAUCCAGACCGGCCACAUCUCACAUGUUAUUUUCAAUGAUGUAUCAUCGGUUGGUAUGGAGUUGGUUUCGUGGGUCUGACUGCAGCAUGAUGCUAUGAUGAAAUGUCUGUUCACUGUUUAAAAGUUUACACUGUUAAAAGUAAUUGAAACUAUGCUGCUUACUAUAUGAAACGCACAGUAGGUGUUUAAACAGUUUUAAACAAGUGUUUGAAAUCUUAAACAUCAAAGUUUAAUUUCUAAUAUUUAAUUCUCAAUAAAUUAAGCAUGGUUGUUUAAGCUGUUAAACAACUGCUGUGCAAUUCAUAUAGCAUACAGUGUUGUUUAAACAUUUAAAACAAUGUUUUUACUGUGUAAAUUCAAUGCCCAUGGCUUAAUUUGCGGAGUGCAGUAUUUUUUUAAUGGUUGUCACCGAAGCUAUGUUUUGCAAAUGUAUACAUUCUCAUAGAUGUGCUGCACAUAUUGAUUGUUAUUUUACUGUUUUUUUUUUUAAAUAGGGCAUGGAAUUAGAUUACAUCAACUUUGCAAGUAGACAGACUAUUGUGCACGCACUCUGACCUAUAACAGUAUUAAACUAACUAACUGUACAGAUGUAAAUAUUUAGACUCCGCAUCUCUGAGCUAGAAUUUGAUCAGCAUUAGGUUAUAAUUUUGAUUUUAAAUAAGCAUGUCACAAACAGAAGUCUUGUCUUAUUUCACACAAAGAAGGCAAUUAGAUACGGAUAUUUCACUUUGUGAUUAUAAGAGUUCAAAAUUUUAAAAUUUAUCCUUUAUAUGGAAUACUUUUUUAUUUUCAAUUGAUGUAUUACUGAUGUAUUUUAAUAACAAGUAGGUUAAAGGGCUUUUUAUGCAGGAUAUUACCUCCGAUGCCUAUAGAGUUGAGAACACCGACCUGUUCAUGAGUUUGAUUUUUAACAUUGGGGCAGGAACCACAUGCGUUAUGCCCGCCCAAUCCUGGUUUUCAAAUAACUCAAGUCUCGCUCCUCCAAUUAAAUUGAUUGAUAUGAAUCAUAUAUACAUGUAGUAUUACAGGGAAUCAAAUGAGGUCGGGAAAUUGGCCAGUUUGUUGACAUGAUUUUGGUAAUCCUUACAUACCAAUAUGGGUGUUGGAUAGGUGCUUAGGAUGAAUGUUUUCUAAUCACUCUUCAUGUUGGCGCCAAAGUCGAAAGGAAUCCUUUUCAUCAUUAUUCUAACGUGUACAUGAGUGGCAUACAUGGAAGUCCAUGUGUAAAAAUCUCAGUGGAUAUUAUGGUUACUUUUUACAAAAUUUGAAUGCAAAUUGGGCUACAGGUUUCAUAUUAUGGUUAUCACAUAACCAUCUAAAUGUAAAUCUUUUAAAACAUUUUAAUUAUAGUAAAUUGCAUUUAGUUCAUUACAUCAUUCUAUACAGACGAUUGACUCUAUAUCUAUACAACUGUAUAUUGACAUUAUAUCUGUACAUAAUAUACUUUACCCUGUAAUAUGAUGGACAUGUACCCAUACUGUGUACAAUACAAAAUAUUUUAUACAAUAAA